AUGGGUUCCUUUCCAAAUCCUGACCCUCUCCGUCUCGCCAUCCUCCUCACCGACACCCCCAUCCCGGCCAUCAGCUCCCGUCUCGGCACCUUCGACACCAUCUUCACCACCCUCCUCCGCACGGCCUGCGAAACCGUAGACCCUUCCCAGCCUCAGCAUCAGAAUGAGCCACCACAACCCUUAGAAUCCCAACUAACCCUCACGGCCCACGACGUCAUCCACCCCGAGGCCGUCUACCCGGACCCGGGCACCAUCGAUGCCGUGCUCAUCACGGGGUCGCGGUACACGGCGUAUGACGAUGACGAGUGGAUUGUGCGGUUGACGGAGUAUACCCGGGGUCUGUUGGAAGGGGGCCGGGUGAAGGUGAUUGGGGUGUGUUUUGGGCAUCAGAUUGUGGCGAGGGCGUUGGGGGGUGUGGUUGGGCCGUCAGCGGGUGGGUGGGAGGUGGCGGUUACGGAGGUGGAGGUUAGUGAGGAGGGGAGGUGGGUGUUGAGGACCGGGGAGUGUUUGAACAUCUACCAAUCCCACCGUGACGCUGUCCUCUCGCAUCCCUCUGCCUUACCCUUCAACCCAUCCGUCCCCAUCGUUCGCCUCGGCUCGACUUCCUCCUGUCAUUGCCAGGGCAUGUAUGCCCCAGGUAGCCUGAUGACGACACAAGGUCACCCGGAAUACACGCCCUUCCUCAUGAAAACGCUGUUGCAGACGCGACACAAGCUGGGUGUGUUGCCUGAUGCCGCAUUUGAAGAUGCGAUGGGGAGGAUAAAGGAGAAACAUGAUGGGCUUGCUGUUGCGAGGGCGUGGUUGCGGUUCUUGAGGGAUUGA